UAGGACUUCAAUUAAUUUCUUUAAUUUAGGUUAAAGUGGUUUGGAGUUACUCGCCGCACCAGGGAGGAGUAAGCCAGCAGAAUGAACGCCACAGAGGAAAAUCUGGUACUGAAGGAGAUGUGUGAGGAAAUAGCAGAGCUGAAUUUCAGCCUAAACCAGCAGAAGGACCUGAAUGCUAAGAUGAGGCAAUGGCUGGAUGCCUCAGAUGAUGAAAUGGCAAUGCUGCGUUCAGACAAUGCCAUCCUCAGGAAACAAAUGAAAGAUGCCUUUGAACCAGUGCUUUCAGGCUGUGGUCGGAAAACCUGUUUGUGUGUCUGCAGCCAGGAGAAGAUCAUCAGGGAAGCACAGCAGGUUGAAGCAGAGCCUUGCAGAGGUCUCCUGGCUGAUGACCUGGAAGCAAAGAAAUGCCUCGAAAAAAAGAUUCAGGAAUUGGAGAAGGAAUCCAACUCUUUGAAGGAACAGAAUAAGCAGCUAACUGCAGAGCUCAAGAGCCUUCAGCAGGAGAGGGACCGAGACAAGAUCACCUUGAGAAAGUCCAAGGCUGCACUUCAAGCCCUCGAGUGGGAAAUGGCAGAGGCUGAGUUAGGGCUGCAGGUUAGGGAUGAGGUUAUUCAUCAGAGAGACUUGCAGUUAAAAUACGCAAAGGAAACAGUAGAAGAGUGCUCCAACAUCAUAGAGGAUCUCAGGCUGACCAACCGGGCGCUGAAAGAGCAGUUGGAGGACAGACUGGAUGAGGCCUCACUUGCUACUGAGAAUGACCUGAUGGGAGGAAAGGAAGGACCACUCAGUCCCCCUCUGUCCUUUGCACUGGAGAUGAAGCUGCUGGCCUCAUCAGCUGAAGUGAAAACCAGCAUGUCAGACUCCACAGAUCUCAGAAAUGAGGAGGCUGAGAAGCUGCGGAAACCUCAAAGUCUCACAGUAGAACGUCAGACCAGAAGGUGUGCAGGUAUCUUGGAAACAGCCCUCCAGACAGCAGAAGUAUUUCUGCUGUCUGUCGUCGUUCUCACAGUUUUAGCCUUCGUAGCUUCAGGAAGCUGUUCAGGAAACUUUUUUCCCAUCAACAAGUUGUGGAGUGGUGCACGCCUGAUGUUACAGCCCUACUGCAGUGUGCAUUAUGGAGCAUUACCUCCUGUUUGAUCUGAAUGCUCUUAUAAACACAUUA